CCGACCUCCGCGCAAACGGCGGGCCUCACCUGGGCUCCAGGAAGAGGCGCCCCAGUCCCGGCAGGCCUGAUUCGACGCUCCCCUGCGCUGGGCAUGGGCGCCGCCACUGCCGUCGGUCCCGGGGCUGGAGUCGGUGCGCGGGCCAAGUGUCCCUGUGGUGUUGACCCCACGAGGAACCAAAGAAUUUAAGGGCUGAGCCCCUUCACAACCAAGAUUCCUCUCGCUGAGCCCCCUCGCUCUGGGUACAUACUUUGGAAGCCUCUGACUCUGUCCAGAAGUAUGGGUCCUUUCCUCCCUCAGACUGGUGAUCCUUCCUUACUCCAGAGGAACAGGUACUCCACCUCUCCAGGGACUGCCUACUUUUGGUGACCUGCUUCUGUCCAGUGCCCCCAAGGGCUCAGUUGCUGGGUCUGCAGGAAGCCUCCUCGAUAUGAAUGACAGAAACAACCGUUGGCGGACAAGUGAGGCACCUGGGGACCCUUUCUUUCCCCAUCCUUGGUCUGACUUUCCGGUUCCCUCUGUCCACGGGACAGCUAUGGUCGGGGGUGGUCUAUCAGGUUCAGGCCACUUCUGGGGUGACCUCUGCUGGCCUCUCUGCAGUGAAGGACGAAGAGACCUUUGAGAUCUCCAUUCCUUUUGAAGAGGCACCCCACUUAGACUCACAAAUCUUAUACAGUCUGAGUCCCUCUCGGAGAAAUGUUGAGGAGCCUCCAGAGGGCACCUCUCCCACUCUGGCCCUGAUGAGCAGUGUUAAGGCCCAGCUGCACAUGGCACUGGAGAGGAACUCGUGGUUGCAGAAGCGCAUUGAGGACCUGGAGGAGGAGAGGGACUUCUUGCGCUGUCAGCUGGACAAAUUCAUUUCCUCUGCCCGGAUGGAUGCAGAGGACUACUGCCGGAUGAAGCCUGGACCUCGGAGGGUUGAUGGGGACAGCAGGGCUGGGGUUGGGGGAGAAGCCUCAGAGCCCGAGUCGGCAGCCUCCUCCUUCAGCGGGGUAUCUGAAGACGGAAGUGCCAGCGAAAGGAAGAGGCAGAAGCAGAAGGGAAGUACUGGCCGGAGGCGAUUCGGGAAGACCAAGGCUCGAGAGAGGCAGCGGGUGAAGGAUGCUGAUGGGGUCCUCUGCCGCUACAAGAAGAUCCUGGGCACCUUCCAGAAGCUGAAGAGCAUGUCCAGAGCCUUCGAGCACCACCGUGUGGACAGGAACACCGUGGCGCUGACCACGCCCAUCGCAGAGCUACUCAUUGUGGCUCCCGAAAAGCUGGCUGAGGUGGGAGAGUUCGACCCGUCCAAGGAGCGCCUGCUAGAGUAUUCCCGCCGCUGCUUCCUGGCACUGGACGACGAGACUCUCAAGAAGGUGCAGGCUCUCAAGAAGAGCAAGCUGCUCCUGCCCAUCACCUACCGCUUCAAGCGGUGAUGCCGCCGCCCCGCAUGCCUCCC